AAUAAAUUAGGUCCCAAUAAGAUUGCUCAAAUUUAAACCAUCCAACCCUUAUCAUCUCACAUUCUUCCAUCACAAAAUACAAACAUAUUCCUUCAAACCCGAAACAAUCUAUCAUGGACCCGACUCUAAUCCGAUUUUCCUCCUCAUUUCCCAUCAAACACAACCUUCUCUCCAAACACCUCCACAAACCCUUUUCUCUCUCCUCACUUUCUCUUUCUCCAAACCUCCGUAGCUCUCGAAUUUCAUUUAAGGUGGAUAGUCAUGGCAGCAAGAGAAACGACGUCGAGUUCGACGAAGUAGCUUACGAGGCCGAGCGGCUCAGCCUUGACGCCAAGGCACGAGAAUCGAUGGCCGAGACGUCGGAGAGAGAGAGCCGAGACGGGGACGACCCGAAAGCGUGGAAAUGGGAGAUCCGAAACAGAAUAUGGGACUUGCUCGAAGCCCGAAACCUUGCUCAAUUCCCUAGGCCCGUUCACCAUCGGAUACCCAAUUUUGUUGGCGCUUCGGCUGCUGCUAAGAAAUUGAGUGAACUGGAGGUGUUUAAGGUGGCUAAGUGUGUAAAGGUGAAUCCAGACACGCCCCAGAAGCAAGUCAGGUUCCUCACACUUAAUGGUGGAAAGAAACUAUUAACUCCUCAGCCUCGUUUGAGGACCGGUUUUUUCUCUAUACUUGAAUCCGGGAUGUUAAGUCCUUCUACAAUUAAUGAGGCUUGCACCUCAGCUGGGGUUGCCAAAUAUGGAAAGCCUAUUGGACUGGAUGAGAAGAUCAAGGUGGAUCUGAUUGUCAUUGGGUCAGUUGCUGUUGACCCAAAGACAGGUGCUCGACUAGGCAAGGGUGAGGGAUUUGCAGAACUUGAAUAUGGUAUGCUCUGGUACAUGGGUGCAAUCAAUGAUUCCACACCUGUAAUCACAUCAGUGCAUGACCAGCAGUUGGUGGAUGAUAUACCCUUUGAGAAGCUGUUAAUUCAUGACGUUCCUGUUGACAUCAUAUGCACUCCAACCCAAGUCAUUUUUACGAAUACAAACAUCCCAAAGCCUCAAGGAAUUUAUUGGGACAAACUGUCUCCUGAGAAGCUAAGUCAAAUUCGAAUACUUAGAGAACUGAAGAGUAAAAUUGAGAGAGAAAAUGGCCAGAAACUUCACUGUGGCCCAUCGGAGAAACUGCCCCCCACAGCACAAUGGAGAUACUGAUGUUUAUGUUAUGUAGCAUCUUGUUUUAGUUAGUUGAACAAAGGUUUCCAAGAUUAGUGUAUAUGGUUUAUCUCUGUAUUAUGAAAAGAUGCUGUAUGCAAACCACACCCCAUCCUCCCAGCCCCUUGGCACCAUGUUUUUGCUUUGUCAUUGUAAAUUUUAUAGUUCAAAAUGGUGGCAACACUUGCUUUGAUAUCUUACGAACAGAAUGCUAGACAAUCUUCG